UUGCGCUCACUAGCCAUUAAGGGACAGUUUAGCGAACUCCGUUUUAAAUGACAAGUACUUUUGCAUAGUUCAAUUUAACGGCAGUUGUAAAAACUGGGCCUAGCAAUUUGAUCAGUUGAAAGUAAACAAACACUCCCUCUUUGCCAAAAAUGUCAAAUGUUUGUCAAAUAAAUCAAUCAAACAAUCAAAAGAAAGAAAUAAAAGUGAUAAAAGGUGGACUUUUUGUGAAUUUUAUUGUUCUGAAACUUAUAAUAAAUAUAUAAAUAACAAUUAAGAAAAACAUAAAGUGUAAAACUAUAAGAAGACAUUAUUGUAGAUGAAAAUUGCAAGGAAUUUCAUAAGGAAAAAAUAAAUACCUGUAAUUAAACAAAUCCGGAUCAACUUUAAACCCCUAAAGGGAUUAACGAGAACGUUACACAACUGAGAUAAACAACCUUCCGAUUACGAAUCGGGGAUAAUGAGCAGAUGCCACAGGUAAUUAAAUCCCCCAUGUAGCCUUUACAGGUAUACCCCUCAAGGAUAUAAAUAUUAUUCAAAUCAGGAUCACAACAACAUUCACCCUCCGCUCUACAACAAGAUAACAACACAUAAGGCAAAAGGAAGAAAAAUCAUUCGAAUAAAUAUGGCUGAAUUAUAUCAACACAAAAAAUUCAAUUUAAAAGCCGAAGAGGAAUAUUCCCACAAGAAAUUUGCUGGCGCCCAACAGAUGAAACGUAAACGUGAAAAUAUAGAAGACAAAGAAAACAUAAUCAUCACUGCUGAUCUAAUAUUGGAAAAGGCCCAAAGGGAGGCACCACUACCAGAACCUCCAAUAAAGCGAAAACAAAUAAAACCCUUGUUUCGGCCAUGGGAAAUCGAAAGCAGCAAGGAUAACAACAAAAUUAACACAACUCCAGUCUCAAAUAUCCUCAACCCCAUCACACCGAAUAUUUUACCCUAUCAUCCGAAUAUGGUGCGCCACCACAACAGUGCCAAUAAACCCCGUACCGAAAAGGAACAAGAGCGAAGGAAUCGCAAUACCCUCGCCUGCUUGCUAAAUCGUCGCCGCAAGCAACAGGAACAACAAAUGCUACAACAACAAUAUAUCCUCCACCAACAACAGCAUGUUGCCAUGAUGGAACAAUCUCUAAGGUCGGCUCUCUAUCUGCGACAUUUACAACAACUUGCCUGGCAAAGGCAACAACAGCUUUUCGUUUUUGGCCAAUGAAGGAGGCAUUGUUUUUAUUAAAAGAUGUGUGACUGGUUAUCGAAUAACUGGACAAGUGGAAACACUAAAAAACUUUUUGUUAAUAACUGUGAUAUUAGAAAUUUAAAUAAUUUAUAGAAAAUAAAAAAAAAACAUUAAUUAUAAAACAUAUUUUUAUAAAAAAAAUCGUUCGUAUUGAAAUGGUGUAAAACCUUUCGAAUUCAAGCAAAAAAAUAGUCGGCAUAAAUUUUAUUAGAUUUACCUAUCAAAACCUUCGAUAUAAAUUAUGAAUGUUAGAUUUAAGAAAAUUGUAAUUAUUUGAAAAUAAAGUAAGAGGAGAUUUAAAAA